CAGGCCGCCGAGGGACGGCGGGGCCGGCGCCAUGGCCGAGCGGGGCCGCCUCGGCCUGCCCGGCGCGCCCGGAGCGCUCAACACUCCGGUGCCCAUGAACCUGUUUGCCACCUGGGAGGUGGACGGCUCCAGCCCCAGCUGCGUGCCCAGGUUGUGUAGCCUGACCCUGAAGAAGCUGGCAGUGCUCCGGGAACUGGAAAAGGAACUCCUGUCUGUGGUGAUUGCUGUCAAGAUGCAGGGUUCCAAACGUGUCCUGAGAUCACAUGAGAUUGUGCUGCCCCCCAGUGGACAAGUGGAAACUGACCUGGCUCUGACCUUCUCUCUCCAGUAUCCCCACUUCCUGAAGAGAGAAGGCAACAAGCUGCAGAUCAUGCUGCAGCGCAGAAAGCGGUACAAGAACAGGACAAUCCUGGGCUAUAAAACACUGGCUGCAGGUUCUAUCAACAUGGCUGAGGUGAUGCAGCACCCCUCUGAGGGUGGCCAGGUUCUGAGCCUCUGUAGCAGCAUCAAAGAGGCCUCUGUCAAGGUGGCUGAGAUCUGGAUCGUCUCCCUCUCCAGCCAGCCCAUCGACCAUGAGGAUAGUGCAAUGCAGGCUGGCCCCAAGGCCAAGUCCACAGAUAACUACUCUGAGGAGGAGUAUGAGAGCUUUUCCUCUGAGCAAGAAGCCAGUGAUGAUGCUGUCCAAGGGCAGGAUCUUGACGAGGAUGACUUUGAUGUGGGAAAACCCAAGAAGCAGCGGCGCUCGAUAGUAAGAACGACGUCCAUGACCAGGCAGCAGAACUUCAAGCAGAAGGUGGUGGCGCUACUGCGCAGGUUUAAAGUGUCGGAGGAGGUCUUAGAUUCGGAGCAGGACCCCGCAGAACAUGUUCCUGAGGUGGAGGAGGACCUGGAUCUUCUCUAUGACACGCUGGACGUGGAGAACCCCAGCGACAGUGGGCCUGACAUGGAUGACGAUGACAGUGUCCUUAGCACCCCCAAGCCUAAGCUCAGGCCUUACUUCGAAGGCCUGUCUCAUUCCAGCUCACAGACAGAGAUAGGCAGUAUCCACAGUGCCCGGAGCCACAGGGAGCCUCCAAGCCCGGCUGAUGGACCUGAGAAGACGAGAUCCCUGGGAGGCAAGCAGCCAAGCGACAGCAUCUCCGACACGGUGGUCCUUAGUACACCAACUCCCCGGGAACCAUCAGGGCCACUUGAAGAUAGCCCAGAGGCCGAGACCUCUACUUUAGAUGUGUUCACUGAGAAGCUGCCGCCCAGCGGAAGAAUCAUCAAGACUGAGUCCCUUGUCAUCCCCUCCACCAGGUCAGAGUCAAAGCCAGCCGGCCGCCGGGGCCGGAGCACAUCCCUGAAGGAGCGACAGCCAGCUCGGCCACAGAAUGAGCGGGCCAACAGCCUGGACAAUGAGCGCUGUCCAGACACAAGGAGCCAGCUGCAGAUUCCCAGGAAAACUGUGUAUGACCAACUGAACCACAUCCUCAUCUCCGAUGACCGACUCCCUGAGAAUAUCAUUCUCGUCAACACCUCUGACUGGCAGGGACAGUUCCUCUCAGAUGUCCUGCAGAAGCAUACGCUUCCUGUGGUAUGCACAUGCUCUGCUGCUGAUGUGCAGGCUGCCUUCAGCACCAUUGUCUCUCGGAUACAGCGAUACUGCAACUGCAAUUCUCAGCCACCAACCCCUGUGAAGAUCGCUGUGGCGGGAGCACAGCAUUACCUCAGCGCCAUCCUGCGGCUCUUUGUGGAGCAGCUGUCUCACAAGACACCCGACUGGCUCGGCUACAUGCGCUUCCUCAUCAUCCCACUGGGCUCCCACCCUGUGGCCAGGUACCUGGGCUCCGUGGAUUACCGCUACAACAACUUCUUCCAGGAUCUGGCCUGGAGAGACCUGUUCAACAAGUUGGAAGCCCAGAGCACUGUGCAGGACACACCAGACAUCGUGUCACGCAUCACCCAGUACAUCUCAGGAGCCAACUGUGCUCACCAGCUCCCCAUCGCAGAGGCCAUGCUGACCUACAAGCAGAAGAGGAAAAAGCAUUUUCACUUUGACUUUACCCUGAGCCCUGAUGAAGAAUCCUCUCAGAGGUUCAUCCCCUUUGUUGGGGUUGUGAAGGUUGGAAUUGUGGAACCAUCUUCAGCCACAUCAGGAGACUCUGACGACGCAGCCCCCUCAGGCUCCAGUGUACUCUCUUCUACCCCACCGUCUGCAUCUACAUCUCCUGCGGCCAAGGAGGCUUCACCUACCCCUCCCUCCUCCCCUUCAGUGAGUGGAGGCCUGUCCUCCCCCAGCCAGGGCGUCGGCGCUGAGCUCAUGGGGCUGCAGGUGGACUACUGGACAGCAGCACAGCCUGCCGACAGGAAGAGAGACGCUGAGAAGAAGGACAUGCCCACCACCAAAAACACGCUCAAGUGCACUUUCCGGUCCCUCCAGGUCAGCAGGCUGCCCAGCAGUGGGGAGGCUGCAGCCACGCCCACCAUGUCCAUGACCGUGGUCACCAAGGAGAAGAACAAGAAGGUGAUGUUUUUGCCCAAGAAAACAAAGGACAAGGAUGUGGAAUCCAAAAGCCAGUGCAUCGAAGGCAUCAGCCGGCUGAUCUGCACAGCCAAGCACCAACAGAACAUGCUUCGGGUCCUCAUCGACGGCGUGGAAUGCAGCGAUGUCAAGUUCUUCCAGCUGGCUGCCCAGUGGUCUUCCCACGUGAAGCACUUCCCUAUCUGCAUCUUUGGACACUCCAAGGCCACCUUCUAGCCCCACCCACAGAAGGGCUGACACUGGACAGUGAAGGGACCUAUGUCCUGCUCUGUGUCAGCCAUUGAUGGAGGGACAACUGUGUUUCUGUUAACACGUGGUUACUACAGAGACAGACUCUUAAAAACACAAAGAAACAGUCUUAAGUAUGAAUGUGCUCAUAGCCCAGCUAGCUCCCUGUGGCCACUGAGUAACUUUGCUCUGCUUAUUAACCAGAAUAUGUGGGCAAGUGGAAAGGCUGGUAAGAAAGGAGGUGAACUCUGGUCCCAUGAAACCCCAGACCACAAGCAAGAAGAGUUCUUGCCUUUGUAUCCUGUCCUUUGCUGAAGUCAGGAUUCUGCUUCCUCAGGGAGGAGGGAGCACAGGGAGCUUUGGAGUUUAGUGGCCAGAAGCUGAAGGUCAGGGCAUGCUUGGUGUCCUAGCAUGAGAUGUCAGUCCCUGGCACCCCAUGCGUGGUUCCCAAUAGACUCAGUAUCAUGGUGAAGGUUUUACAGCAGCAGAUCUUUCUAAUGCUCUUAAAUAUAUUUGACAACAUAGCUGCCAAGCAAGAUGUUGCUCUUGUGAAGUCCCCUUGUGUGGGGCAGAGCCAGCAGGAGCUGCAUCCCCACCCUUACCCCUGUGGCUCCCAAUCCAGAAGCACCUCUAGGCUUCUGCUGCUCAGAUCAGGUGGUCCUUUCAAAUAUUCCAGUGUCCAUCCUGGAGAUGGGAGACACUUCUGGGGUCUGUCUGAGCCCUUCCCUCUAUUCUUCUAGCUGUACAGGAACGUCCAGGAUUGGCCAUGUGGGAUCUGAGUUGAGAAUCAAGGUUGUGAACUGGAAACAGGCAACUAGAGUGGUGUGUGCGUGUGUGCGUGUGUGCGUGUGUGCGUGUGUGCGUGUGUGUGUGUGUGUGUAGCCAGUGAAGGCUCCAGCAGGCUGGUCUGACUACAAAGGCCACCUCCCUUACAGGACUGGGUCUAGCCAAGCCAAGUUCCUCAUAGCCACCUUAGUCAUCGUUGGUGGCAGCUCCACAAUUUUCCCAUGCAGCAGGAGAGGGGUGUGCUGGUGGCCUUCAACAAGGGCCAUCCUGGCUGUAUAUGCUCCACCAGACUCAUGAAGGGGUCACUGCCUCAGUCCUAAUUUUCUCAAGAAUCCUUUCUCCCUGGGGUGUCUAAUUAGAAGAGUGCCUGUCACCUUGGAAGCUGGGGCUCUCCCAGGGACCCUGGUGGUCCAUUUGGGAGCUCGAGACCUUCCUACAAGUAUUCUUAGAACAUUGCCAAGAGCAGGACAGGCUGAGUGUGAGGACUGCUCACCCUUCCUGGGGUGGAAGAUGGCAGUUUUUUAUUUACUUCCCCUGCCUUGACUUGCUGAACAGGGUCUGUUUGCCCUAGAUACUAGGGCUCUGGGGUCCUGGGGCCCUGGGUAUAGGGCUUCUCAGUGGAACUCCUGAUGAGGUACACUCUGAAAAGGCCUUGAGUUGAGUCAGGCCACUGCAACCUUUGGAGCGUAAGAGCCUAGUUUACCUGUCCCUGUGUUUUUUCAAAAAAGUCAACCUUUGAAUGAAACAUUUGGCCUAGAUUUCCAGCCUUGAGGCUACAGAGGGUUCAAGGUCCUGCCUGAGGGCAGCCCCUUUUUAGAACCCUCCCCUGUACAUGCUCCUUGAUUGGUUCCAGGGGUCUUACUUUACAUACAUAAGAGGGGAGUGUAGGCAGAGCUUUUGUCCAGCAUCUGGCCCAAGGUGGAGUCAGGAAAGCCUAGCACCUGAGCAUCACACACCAUCACCAUAGCAGUCUAGGUACAGACCUACACAGCAGUCCUCCCCGUGCCACACUUCCCCCAUUGGUUAAAGACAGACGGUCCAUUUUCCUUGCCUACCUCAUGGAGCUGUAAUGAGGAUUCAUGGAGAAGCACUUUGUCCCUUUGGAGGAUGAUGACACCAAAGCCCCCUGACAGGCAGUGCAGUGCUAGGAACAGCAGAGUAUGUUUGCAUCCCAACAGGCCUUAGCUCUGAGGCAUCGCCCUUGGAGCCUGCCAGUCUUCAAGGUCACUGUCAGUUGGGGGCCCUGCCUCUACCUUCAAGUUGGUUCCUGCCACCACCCUCUGAGUAAGCAGCUCAGUAUCACUGUAUAGGUACCAGAGCUGGGGGAGGGGGGGAAGGCUCAGCCCUCGAGCAAUGGCUUGCCCUAGCCUUAUCCUGCAAGCCUCUCUUCUUCCUCUAGCCUCCAUCUCAAAUGAAUUCCGCGUAAAAACGUCCUGGCACUUCUCCCCAGGGCCAGGGUACUGGACCCUCACUUGCUUCCUAAACCCCUAUACCCUUCAGAGACUGCUCUGUCCUGGAAGGGGGCCAGCAGAGGCUGACAGCCUUGCGUGAGGAUGACUCCGUCCGCUUCUGCAGACUGCCCAGCGCGCUGUGACUGAUUUCUAGAGUGUGUAUGUGUUGCUAGUUUUUUGUUUUGUUUUUUAAUAAAAAGCAGGAUUCGUGUAAAUAGCUUUUUUGGGAGCAGAUGCUGAUCUGUCCCAUGUGACCAUGUGGACGAUUUCAAGGUGCUGAAGCGACACUAAUAAACUGACGGCGUUCGGGCCGCCCACUGUU